AUCGAGUUCUCAAAGGCCGGACUCAAGCUUACCGGACAGUUGGUAGCCGACAUCCUCGAAGCAGCCAAUCUGGAAGCUGACCCUGAGGAUUCUCCUUCGCCCAAUUGGUCGACUAAAUUGUCAGGCCCAAGUCGAAAUCCUGAUUCUUCGCUGCUAACCACUUCAAGCGAAGAAUCUGACAACUGUCUGAGACAGCGUCAUUUCACCAAUUCAGUUUCCCUUGCUGAACCUGGCAGUUCUGAUGGGGCUUGUGGUAGAUCGGCUGUUGGUGUUUCGGACGGCUAUAGUUGGCGUUUAGACUCAUUCCACUUCGAGGUUGACGAUUGGCGCAUCAAAUGGAAAUGA